AUGGCUUCACCAUUCGUUGCAGUGGCCGGUGCCACAGGCGGACUGGGCCAGCUUGUUGCAAUGCAGCUGGUCAAGCGAGGCGUAGCCGUCAAGGCCCUUGUGCGCCCUAACACAGACCCGUCUCGAACAGAGAAGCUUCGGAGCGCGGGCGUCACUAUCACUCCAGUUAACCUUUCGGAGGUAUCAAGCCUCACUCCUGAGUUAAACGGAGCGAUUUCUGUCGUUUCCACGCUCCAAGGCCUGAAAGAAGUCAUUCACACUGCCCAAGGAAAUCUCCUCGAGGCUUCCGUGGCUGCCAAAAUCCCGAGAUUUAUCCCUUCAGACUUCUCUCUAGACUUCACCAAGACUCAACCAGGAUCCAACCGAAACCUGGAUCUACGCCGCGAGUUCCACGCACAGCUCAGAAAGUCAGGCAUUGCAUGGACGAGCAUCCUCAAUGGCGGCUUUAUGGAUCUGUUGGGGGGCGACUCGCCGAUGAUCAAUCGCAAGAGCCACAAGGUCCCGUACAUUGGUCAGCCGACGCAGCUCCUUGACUUUACGACCAUGGUGGACACAGCUGCAUAUACGGCUGCAGUGGCUGUUGACCCAAACCCUACUCCCAAUUUCCUCCGCAUUGCUGGAGACACCGUCAGUGCGCAGGAGAUUGCAGACGCACAGACGAAAGUGGACGGUGCCCGAUAUAAGCCUUCGUGGAUGGGCCCUGUGGGCGCCAUGGAGUUGAUGAUCCGAGGCUUACGCCUUUUUGGGGGCGAGGAUCAGAUCUUCCCCGUCUGGCAGCAAAUGCAAUACAUGACGAAUAUGUUCUCAGGAGACGGGAAGCUUGAGCCAUUGGAUAAUGAUCGAUAUCCUGAGUUGAGCUGGACCAAGUUAGAGGAUUUUCUCCGACAGCAACAAAAGUGA